AUGAUGCCAAAGGCUCCUCAGAUGAUUCCUGUGACCGAAUAUUUGGCUUCACCCUCUGUUGAAGUAAACAACAAUAGUAGUGGCGGCUCAACAGGUUCACACUCUAGUUCCCUUCUCUUCUAUCUUUCUGUUCUCAAAGACAAGCUUAGUCACGUGCAGACACUCGUGGGUGUUCUUGUCUCUCCUCAUCAACAGAACCACCUACCCGAGUCAUCAACUUCCCUGGCCAUAUCCACCAUGAAUUCCACAAUUCAGGAAAUCAUAGUUGCAGCAACUUCAAUAAGGUUCACUUGCCAACAAAUGAUGGCUCUUGGUUCCACACCAGGUACUAGUACUACUACUUGCACUGAAGAAUUGCACCACCACCACCACCACCAAAUUGAUCAUCGUGAUCAUAGGUUACCACCAUAUCAAUUAAACUUUGCUAAUAAUAAUAGUAAUAGAGGAGUUGUUAGUAACAUAGGCCUAGAUAUUAGAGGGCAAAGUUUCUUUUCUAAUUCUGAGGCUGAAACAUUGGAUUGGUUUUCUGAAGGCUAUAAUAAUAAUAAUAACAACAACAACAAUAGUACUAAUAGUAAUUGUAACUUUAAGGAUCAUGAUCCAUCUGUUGCAUCUAGUGAAGCCAACAUUAAUAGUAGAGAAGGAUUGUCUUCAGAGAAUGAAACAGAUAUAAUUGAAUUGGAUGCUGCGGAUUUGUUGGCAAGGUACACACAUUUUUGCCAAGUUUGUGGGAAAGGGUUUAAGCGUGAUGCGAAUUUGAGGAUGCAUAUGAGAGCACAUGGUGAUGAGUACAAAACAAAUGCAGCUUUAAGUAACCCAAUGAAAAACAAAGGGAUGAGUUUGGGUGAGGGAAGUGGCUAUUUGAAUAGCAUGAAGCCUAAGAAAUAUUCAUGUCCUCAUGAAGGGUGUAGGUGGAACAAAAAGCAUGCCAGGUUCCAACCUUUGAAGUCAAUGGUUUGUGUUAAGAAUCAUUACAAGAGAAGCCAUUGUCCCAAAAUGUACGUGUGCAAGAGGUGCAACCAGAAACAGUUCUCGGUGCUUUCUGAUUUGAGGACUCACGAGAAGCAUUGUGGGGACCCCAAGUGGCAGUGCUCCUGUGGCACUACGUUUUCUAGGAAAGACAAGCUUAUGGGUCACGUUGCUUUGUUCUUUGGACACACCCCAGUUAUCAUUGGCUUGUCACACUCAGGAAAAUCAGAAGAACAAACAUUGCAGCAGCAGAUCGGUGGUAGCUCAAGAUCAUGUGUUUGA